GACGUCGAUCCUACACGCAACGAUGGCUUCGCAGCAGUCCAUAAUGAACGAGGUCCUCUUGGGCUUUCGGAGAGCCUCGAAGCGUCAUGAAUAUGGUACGUCACCAUUCACAAUGCAGCCUAGUCGAAAGGACAUAAAGGCCACCCUGCGAGCUUCAAGCGAGUGUUUCUGGCGUCAGGCGAGAGCGGAUCGAACUGCUUGACUAAAAGACGAGCGCGUCAUGUCCACUGAGCUCUCCGAGGGUUAUAACGGUCAGAUAUCGAUCAUAAUACUCACUGUAUCCACAGACUCCGAAUCCGACGACUCUAUCGUGCUAGCGACGAAUCGCGGCAACAAGCUUAAGCGCAAAGCGAAGUACGUGCAGGAGGGGAAACUUGACAAUCCAAAUGGCCCGGCAACACAAAAAAAGCGCAUCCGAUACGCUGGGUAUGACCGCAGCAUUAUUUCUCGCAACCCACCGCGCUUUGACGAAUACGGCGACAUCAUUGAGACCGACGACGAUGAGGAUUACGAUGCUCGAGACAACGAAGACAAUACCUACAAGGACACUAGAAUUGAAGUCAUAUUGGGACCACUCACAGCCGCGUCCGACCUUCCCACACAUCCCGGUCUCUCAAUACCCUACAAGUCCGCUGCUCUCCCCGAAAUGGUAACCGCAGCGGAAGAAUCGCUACAUAAAGAACAGGAGACAUUAUGGCGGAUGAAAAACCUACUCACCAACCUCCGCGGUGACAGCGGUUGGGUCCCAGUCGGUGCCGUGCAGAGCGACUACGACGAGUGGCUACUCAAUACCAUCACAAAUGGGGCCGAAGAUGAACAGCCGGAUGUCAUGGCGCUCAUAUGGGGACCUAUUGCAAAUGGGGGUGCUGGGAGCCCGCUCAAGGCACUCCCGGAACCGACGGGAGACGAGGAACGGAUGGACGUGGACCUACCGCAGGAGACGGUCGCCGGCGCCGCGGACGAGCCGAUGCAAACUACUAAUGGCUCACCGCCGGAACCACGUGCUCCAAACGGAGUUGCCGCCGCGCCACCCUCCCAAAACUUGAUCAUCGAAGAGCUAGAAGCGGCGGCGACGGGCGCGACGACCAACGGCGCCGUCGACCACGCUCCCCAAACCGCCAUCGCAGAAGGAGACGCCCCAGCACCCGAUGCCGAACAGGACGACAACGCUGCCGACGAAGCCGACGCGGACGGCGAACCCUCGCAACCCCCCCACCGCAUGACCACCCGCGCACGCGCGCACCGCACCUCCCGCUCCCCCUCCAGCAACCCCUCCCUUCCCCCCUUCGUGCACCCCUUCUUCGAAUUCAACGCCACCGCAAUCCCAGGCUUCGACGCGGGGCUCCCCACCAACGAAGCGCACGACGUGCGUGCGUUCCUGGUCUCCUACGUGUCGAAGCAGGAGGAGGUGGUGCGGGGGACGUCGAAGCUCUAUCAUGGGUUAUUGAAGGCGCUGCGGAUGCGGAAGACGGUGUGGAAGUGGUGUCGGACGGAGGGGCAUGUGGGGGAGAUGUCGGACGGGGAGGAUUGGUAUGAUCGGGAGGAGUGGGGGUUAGAGGAGGAUUUGGUGAAGGGGAAGGAGGAGGAAGAUGAGGAGGUGACGAAUCAGAAGAAGACGAGGAGGAGGGGGGAUCGGUAGAGUGGGUGAUGGGGGAUGAGGUUGGGGGAGUUUAAGUUUUGCGUGGUGUUCGGGAUGCGUUGAGGAGUCGAUCGCUCGGUUGAUGUGAACAAUAGACUAUUAUACGAUUUAGACUCGGGUAGAGAAUCGCGAUACUUGCGGCCUAUCGCAGAUUAUGUUUCAAUGAUAAGAACUCGGUAUUGCAGGAUACGAUGUGGAAGUCUGGAUCGCUAUGCUUUCGGUGAGAUGGGAAGUG